GGAGGUGGUGGUCGACGACGGUGUACGCGACCGAGUAGUGGAGAAGUGUGGCGAGCGGAGAGAGAGAGAGGGAGAGAAAAGAGGAGUACUGCCACGACCAAGGAGGAGGGAGGGCGGCAGACGAGGAGGGGAACCGCCCGACCGAGUUGUUUCAUUCAUAAAAAAGUUCUUUAUUACUCUCUGUGAGCGCAUGUGCUAUUCCACGGAGGAGGACCUCCCCCGACCGGCGUAACCACGUUUACACACGGUAUUAUUUACUACUGCGCGAGAUACGAAUCGCUGCCACACGCCGUGGCAACGGUACGGCGUACGGAUCUCUCCCGUAUCGUUGCCCGUUGCCGUCCGCCUCUACUUCUUCGUCGUGCUUCUUUCGCCUUCGACGUUCUGCCAUCCACGUCGUUUUAAUAUCGUUCUACGUCGUUCCGCGUCGUUCUACGCUAUCGUUCCCGACGUGUCGUCAAAAGUGUCAUCGCCGUCUCUAUUCGAACCGCCGUUGUUUCACCAUCGCUGGACACCACCGCGGCCAAGGUUGCCGCGAUUCCACGGGGCUGCUUCUAUCGGAAACACCUUAUCGAGGCUGAUCGAAUCGGACGUCGGUGGACGAAGGACGUGGUACCCGAGGCACCACACACCACCACGCAUCGAGUUCGCGAGCUCUCUCUCUUUCUUUAUCGAGCACGUCGCGCGCGUGUGUCCCCUGUCUCGCGGACGAGCAAUUGGAAUUCCUCGCGUGUCCACACGCAGGCCCGAUAUAGUCGGAUGGCGCGAUCUGGAACGUGAACGUCGAUCGAUCGCCUUCUCGCGCGUCACAAGACCGCUCGAGGCUUGCUGUGACGCUUCGUGACAACGCUCGGGGAACCAACGAGAGAGCUGUCGUCCGUGAACCGCGACGAGGACGGGGAAGAAAGAAGAGAGAAGGAAAAAAGAACGAAAUAUACAUACAUCUCUUUCUCCUUUUUGUGUUGUGUCUCUGUGUGUAACCGACAGAUUCGUGCGCGACCGGUAAGGAAGAACGGGGAACAACGCGGUAAAUAUUCGCGAGAUUGGUUGGUGGAGGAAAGUGAGAGAGAGGGAAAGCAGGAAAAAGGAUAAAAUAAAAUCUUUCAUCCUGGAUCUAAGGACGACGAAUUUAGACGUUUACGUCGACGACCCUGAUCGGGUAUUGGACGUUCGCGACAAGUUGCGCGGCAGGGAUCGGAAAGUGGGCAAGAUAGAUCCGAAAGUGAUCGACGAAGGCAUCACGACGACGGAGGACGGAGGGUACGAGGAUCGCUUGCGGGAGGGCGCAAAAGAUAGUCGCCUCGCCGGGAUGAGGGGCGAGUCGGCGCGACCGGGUAAGCGCCCUUUAAGGGCGCUAUCCGCGUCGGAGAAGAUGGACGCGAUACAGAGGGUUCACGAGGGCGAGAGCAAAGCGUCGGUGGCGCGAGACAUCGGGGUGCCCGAGUCGACGUUACGGGGCUGGUGCAAGUCCGAGCACAAAAUCAGAGGCAUGGCGAGGAAUUCGUCGACGCCGGACAGCGAAGCCCACUCGCCAGCCUCGUCUUCCGGCGCGAAUGUCGCGGUCGGUAACUUGGCCGGUGGAUCGGCGAAUCUGUCGAGCGAGGACGAGGGUCCUUGCGUGAAGAAGUCGAAAAUAGAUCAGCAGACAUCGGUAACAAGCGCGGGCACGUCGUUCGUCGGUGGUGACGUUUGUACCGACGAUGGUAAACCGGAUAACAAACCGAAGAUCGAUUACGUGGGACUGAUGACCAGCAUGGCGGGCAUGAGACCCGAAAAUAGUUCGCUGCUCCUGCAGCAACUGGGCCUCCUGUCCAGUACCACUGGCGCGCUCGCCAAAAAUUUGUUGAGCAUGUCGCCGGCGCUGUCGCAUGGCAGCACCGUCGGCCUCGUCGAGAACGGGCUUCAGUACACCAAGGACAGGGCGAACGCGUGUAUCGCGAGCGCGAAUUUGAACAGUGGUAACAAGAGGCAUAGUAUCUCGGCGAUCGCACCCGCGCAAAUGGACUCCGUGGUGGCCAAGUCGUGCAGCACGCGAAAGAGUCUUCCACCUGCCGCGGAAGCACCGUCGACCCCGGUGCCCGCGUCGCCCAGGAAGACCAACGAGAACAACAGUAUUCAGAGAUCGACAAGCAAACCGAAAAAGGACGGGAACGUGAGCAGCGGUAACAAGAAGGUGGACGAGGCGCUAUGGUUAUGGCUGACGCAGCAGCAACAGCUGCUCGGUCAACAGUCGGCGAGUUUCAACCCGAGCAUCAAUCAGCAGGAUGGCUCGUGGUUCUGGCAGUGGUACAAACAGUGCAGCUUCCCGCUGAUAACGCCGACGCCGCUAGCGCCCAGCCCCGUUGCCAAGAAAUCGCCGAGCAAAGCGAGGGCCAUGCUCGACAACGUGCUUUGCAACAACAACAACGAGAACGUGAAACGAAGCCUCAACAUGGAGGAGGAGUCCGCCGCCGCGGUAGAGGACAUUGAGUCGACCGGCGGAGACGUGCCGAGCAGCACCGAGGAGGCGAUCGAGCACGGCGAAAAGUUCUACAAGUGGUUGGACAAAUGCUCCGAGCCGGCGGUCACGAGGCUCCAGAUUAUACAGUUCAAAUAUCUAUUGGACAAUCUGAAGGCGUGUAGGAAGAAGUCGUCGUCUAAUUCGAAACAAAGUAGAAAGUAGGCAAGAAGAGAAGAGACAAGCUGUGAUGCUAAAUAUAUAUCCUUAGGA